AUGUUUCAAGACGGGGCAGAGGCUUGGUGUUCGGGUCUUCAAGAUAUGGCAGACCCAGUUGUUGAAGAAACUCUUUUUUUUCAUGAACGGGUGAUGUUUUUGCUGGUUAUUAUUAUACCUGUUGUUUUGUGACUUAUUGGUGAGGCUUUAAAAAAUAAGUUUUAUGAUCGCUUUUUAGUUGAUGGUACUUUUUGAGAGAUUAUUUGAGCUAUAAUACCGGCAGUUAUUUUAGUUCUUAUUGCAUUACCUUCUCUUAAAUUGUUGUAUUUGAUGGAUGAAGUUGUUUCUCCUGCUUUAACCAUAAAGGCGGUUGGACAUCAGUGAUAUUGGUCUUAUGAAUACUCAGAUUAUGAGGGGGAGACAUUGGGGUUUGAUUCUUAUAUGCUUCCUACAUCGGAUUUAACUCCAGGGGAGAAUCGUUUGUUGGAAGUUGACAAUAAACUUAUUCUUCCAAUUUUAACUCAUAUAAGGCUUUUGGUUACAGGGGCGGAUGUUUUGCAUUCUUUUGCGGUUCCUUCUUUAGGGUUAAAAAUAGAUGCUGUCCCAGGUCGUCUUAACCAAACGGGGGUUUUUAUUAAAAGGCCGGGGUAUUUUUUUGGACAAUGUUCUGAGAUUUGUGGUGCAAAUCAUUCUUUUAUGCCAAUUGUUAUAAAAGGAGUUUGGGUUGAAGAAUAUCUUCAUUAUUUGAAAUGUAUUAUAAAUACCUAA